AUGGUUUCGACAAUCAACGGUACGAGAGGGUGUCCGUCGCCCGACGACAUCAUUGCGGAUAUUGUUGCGCUGGAAGAUGUCGGUGCUGGGGCUCCUCUCCGUCACUUUGGCUCGUUCAGCGGGGCUAUCUACGACACUGCGUGGCUGUCGAUGAUCAAGAAGGAAGAGCAAGGCCAACCCCGAUAUCUGUUUCCGGAGUGCUUCGAGUAUCUGCUCGCAGCGCAGCAGGAGAUUGGAGUAUGGGGAUCCAACAACGCCCAGGUCGACGUCAUUCUCAACAGCUUGGCCGCUCUGUUGGCGCUUGCUACCCGGCAAAGAUCGACUUUACCUCAGUCGCCAGAGUCGAGCAAGCUGCAAGCACGCAUCGAGAGAGGACAGGCGGCCGUUCAGGCUGUUCUGCAAAACUGGAACGUGCAAGACAGUGUGCAUGUCGGGUUUGAGAUUUUGGUCCCCAGCCUGCUAAUCCAACUGAGCGCAUGGGACAUUGCAUUCGACUUUCCGGGGUACUCCACGCUGAUGCAGCUGAACAAGAAGAAGCUGCAAAAGUUUAAGCCGGCAACCGUCUACUCGACCCAGUCGACCACGCUGCUCCAUUCCCUCGAAGCCCUUGUGGGGUUGAUCGACUUUGACCGUGUCGGUCAUCACUGCAAAGAAGACACUGGCAUCUUCGGCUCUCCCUCCGCAACCGCCGCGUAUCUCAUCUAUAGCACUACCUGGGAUCAAAAGGCAGAAUCCUACCUGAGCACAGUCAUCUCUUCCACCGGCGGCACAGGCCACGUGCCCAGCGCCUACCCAACCUGCUUAUUCGAACUCGGCUGGUCGCUCUCCACGCUCCUUACCCCCCGCGUCUCCUCCCGCGCCUUGAAUGCGCUUGAAAAGGAUCAGCUCGCAAGCCGCUUCGAGCGCGCUUUGGAAGCGCAGUCGGGACUCGUCGGGUUCACCCCUGGCGUUCUGGAGGAUGCAGAUGACACUGCGCGGUCGCUGAUGGCAUUGCGGUGUCUCGACAAGAGCCAGAGUGCACGCAGGCUUAUCGAGAUGUUCCAGACCGCCGACCACAUCCGCACGUAUCGAUUGGAGGGCAGCCCGAGCUUCAGCGCUAAUUGCAACGUCCUGCUUGCGUUGUUGGGGGAGGCGGAGGGAGCGCUGGAUCAGGAGAACAUCGAGAAGGCACUUGCUUUCCUGCUCGAGCUGCAGGAGUCCGGGCCGAUCCACGACAAGUGGAACAUGUCGACUCAGUACUCAAGAAUGCUGUUCGUGCAGGUAUCGGUGUUGCUCCUCGAGAAGUACAAUGCGGGCCAUGUGGACCUCGCGAGCAAAGGCUUUGCAGGACGCAUUCCAGGCGCUAUCUGCCGUCUGCUAAGUCAGACGUUGUCAGAGCAGAAACCCAAUGGCUCCUGGGAUGACUCCCUCGAAAUCACAGCCUACAGCAUCAUCACCGUGGGCUACGCGCUCUCGCUGCCGUGGAGCGCGGCGCUCAAAGACCAGCUAAGGGACAGCAUACGCCAGGGGCAGGACUACCUGCAGGCCAAGUACAGCAACCCAGACAAGACUGACUUCCUCUGGGUCGAGAAAGUUUCCUAUCGAUCAGAGCUGCUCCACUCCGUCUAUUGUUCCGCAGCGCUGCACUUCCAGGUUGUCGACGUGCCCUGGACGCCGUCCAUCGCCGACGGCUUCACCCUACCGCAGGGCAGCAUGAAGAAGACGCAGUACCUCGUCUCCAGCCUGCCUUUGUUCCGAGGUGCUAAGUUCGCCUCCAUGGAGCUGGUCCUCGUCGAAGCGCGGCUGAUGGCUGCGCGGCUCAACUCCUUCCGCGACUCGCUGUUCAGUCGCUCCGAAAUCCCCAUGACGGCGGACAAAUAUCUGGAGUUCAUCCCUAUGAUCUGGGUGACGUGCAACCACAAGAACGGCCAGCGGUUGUCCUACAAGACUAUGUGGGAGAUGGUUCUGCUGUCUCUGCUCAACUUCCAGGUCGACGAGUACAUGGAGUCAGUGGUUGCCAGCGUGCCGGAGGCUGGCAUAUCGCAGCUCAUGGACCUCUUGAAACAGCAGUCCAAGUCGGCCAGCAUGGCUGCUACCAAUUCCAACCACAAAUUAACCAAUGGAUCCAGUCACGCAGAUGCCAACACCUCCACCGACCUUCAAAAGGAUACACAAGUGCAUGCAGCCUUCAACGCGUUAAGCCGCUUCAUGCAGCACGUCACCCAACACUGGUCGCUAACCCGUUCCCCCCUCCCCAUCCAGCACGAAAUGUCCCUCGAAAUCUACAACUUCAUCGCCGCGCACAACGAGCACAACCUUGCCAAUGCCCUCCUCGCCACCCGCAAGGCGAACGGCAACGGUGCCCACAGUGCCAACGGCACUUCCUCCACCGCCUCCCUCCAACCCCAGCAGCAGAGCUACAUCACCUGGGUCCGCGGCCCUGCCUCCGACGACACAAGCUGCCCCUUCUCCUUCCUCUUCUUCGCCUGCCUAAUCAGCGACGCCGGAAAGCACUGUUACGCCGGAGCCAGAGCGCAGUACUUCGCAAAGGCUUUGUGUCGGCAUUUGGCGACUAUGUGUCGGAUGUACAACGACUAUGGGUCUGCGACGCGCGAUGCGGAAGAGGGGAAUCUCAACAGUCUUGAUUUCCCUGGCUUCCGUGAUGGGGAGUACCAAGAGAAUGGGAUUGGUGGGACGGGUGCGGAGGUGAAUGGGGAUGGGGUGGGCGCAACGACGAAUGGCGCGAUGAAUGGGCAUGCCGGGACGGGUAUCUCCCCUGCGAAAGACAGCCUGAUGGCUUUGGCUGAGUUCGAGCGCGCGGGCAUGGAGCUCGCGAGGGAGAAACUGAGCGCUGUGGUGCCGCGGCGCGUGAUGGAGCAGCUGCAGGUGUUUAUCGAUGUGACGGAUAUGUUUGGGCAGGUAUAUGUGCAGAAGGACAUUGCGAGCAGAGUGACGAGGGCGAACGGUGUGAAAGCAUAG